AAUUGGUAAUCACGUUCAACCUUCAGUUUUCAAGAUCACAACAAUAACACCGGACUUUCUCCCCAGCCAGUGUUAAUAGUUCUGACAAGACAUUUCAAUAUUGUCAGUCAGUGAAAGAACCCUAGUUGAAUUCUGACUAACCCAAGGAUGGCUGGAGUGGUGGUGAUCACACUGAUUACCUUCAGCGCCAUCUUCAUUUCGGUUUUAUGGGGGUCCUACAUUUACGCUAGGAUAGCUUACCUCUACUUCAAAAAACGUGGAAUCCCUUUUGACACACCAACAUUUCCUUUUGGAAGUUUAACUUCGUGUUUAACCCUUAAAUGCUCGAUUUCGCGUGUCUUGGCUGAUAUGUAUACCAAACACAAACAUUACAAGCUUGUAGGGUUUUUCUCUUUUUGGCAAAAAGACAUCUUGAUAAAUGACCCAGACAUUAUAAGGCAGGUUUUAGUUAAGGAUUUCGAAGUUUUUCAAGAUAGAGGAGUCUAUUACAACAAACAGAAGGAUCCACUUUCAGCACAUUUAUUUGCAUUGGCAGGAGAAGAGUGGAGGAACUUAAGAACGAAACUAACCCCGACAUUUUCCUCUGGAAAAAUAAAAGGAAUGUUCCCAAUAUUGGUUAAGUGUACUGACGAAAUGAUAAACUCAGUACGUAAAUUGAAUUUUGAAAGCUCUUCAGUGGACUGUCAAAAACUAUUCUUCAGUUUUGGUCUUUCAGUGAUCUCAAACACAGCCUUCGGUUUGGAAAGCGAUGCUUUGACAAACAAUGAUUCAACUUUUGUAAAAAUGGCAAAGAAAAUAGUGGCACCUACAAUAGAUCGAAUGAUAAGUAUGAUCCUAAUGUUGAAUUGUGAAAUCGCUAAAAAGUUUAACAUACGCGUAGUGCCCCCAGAUGUAUCUAAAUUUUUCAUGGGAGUAGUCAAAGACGCCAUUAAAUUUAGAGAGGAGAAUGGUGUUAACAGGAAUGACUAUUUACAGCUUUUAAUCAAGUUGAAAAAAGACGCAGCUGCCCAGGAUUGCAGUCUGAGUUUCUCUGACAACGAGUUGGCUGCUGAAUCUUUCGUAUUUAUCUUGGCUGGAUCCGAAACUACCUCCAGCGCCAUGAGUUUCUGCCUGUACGAGUUGGCGAUGAACCCCGGUGUGCAAGAAAGGCUGCAUGCGGAGGUGGACUCCAUACAGGAAAUCACAUAUGAGAGUAUCAACGACUUGGACUACCUCAGCAUGGUUGUGGACGAGUCAUUGAGGAAGUAUCCUCCUCUGGGAUUUUUAAACCGUUUGUGCUCCCGUGACUACCCGGUUCCUGGCACCGACACAGUCAUAGAGAAGGGGACUCAGGUGUUUUUCUCAGUGCUAGGGUUACACAACGACCCUGAGCUGUUUCCAGACCCGGAACGGUUCAUUCCUGAACGGUUCAGCAAGGAGAAUAAGAGCAACAUCAAACCAUACAGUUACAUGCCGUUCGGUGAGGGGCCGAGAUUCUGUAUAGGAAUGAGAUUUGCCAAAAUGUCAGUAAAGACAGGUCUGGCUGUACUGCUGCGGCACUACCAAGUCCUCCCUACUCCUUCUACACCAGCAAAGAUCGAAUUCGAGCCGCGAAGCUUCACAACCGCUCCCUCUGGGGGCAUAUGGCUGAGCCUGAAAGAAAGGAGGCCAAAUGUGCUUAAGAUGCAAUGAAUCAAGUCACAUCCUAUUCAUUAUAAAUAAGAAUUUCGCACAGAAUAGUAUUACAAUUUCAUUUUAUUUCGGCGACAAGUACCAUCUUCCAACUUCAACCUAUGUUCAGAUAAUUCGUAUCUCAUAAAAUACCACCAAUCUAGAAUAUCUUUUCCAUACAAUAUGUGUUUUAUCCGUAAAAAUUAAAUCAGUAUAACCAUA